AUGACGAACCACCCAGUGACGUGCCGCCUUCUCCAUGGUGAUCCUCUAGCUUGGGAUCCUUGCGGAAACUCAUCGUCAAAUCUUCCGGUUCGGUGGUUGCGCCGUUCUCCAUUUCGUCUUCUUCAUCAGGUCCCGGUGACACACCGCUCAAGCCACCGGUCAAACCAAGUAACUGCUGCUGUAAAGCCAAUGGAUUUUGUUGGAGUGCUGCAAGGAACGGUGGCAAGACGUUCAUGUUGAAGGCGGAACGAAACCCUCCAAGACCCAGACUUGAGGUAA